CCAGCAACGGAUGGCACUUUUGUCUUUACUCUCCAGUUUAAUCACCAAGUGCCCUACCACUGGUAAAAUCUUAUUACUGGGCCGUACAGUUAUUUGUUUGUAGAGCGCAAAGGGCCAGCUAUAGCUAUACAGCCUAGUUGGGAUAGCUGUCACUGCUGCCCCAGUGUCUAGUUUAAAUGACACAACCUCCACAUUGAGUUUAAUGUCUGAAUGCCAGCCAGCAUUGUUUUCCUUUACUUCUCCCAGAAAGAUGCUGUCCUGCUGUACCUCCUCUGAGACCUCAUGCAUUUGCUUUAAUCGACAGACAGCUGAAAAGUAUCCUCUCCUGUGACAUUUCCUGCAUUCCGCAUCCUUUGCUGGGCAAUCUUUCCAUCUGUGGAAAGGGGAUUUCCCACAUUUGCGACAAACACUUGAACUAGCUACUGGUGCUGUCUGUGAUUGUUUUCUCCACGUCGGUCUCUGUUCUGUGUUCCCCUCCGUUUUUUUAGCUCUGAAAAUGCAUGUAUUUCCUCACUCUCUUCGUUCUGCGAGGAGCUGCUGUCUCACAGUAUCGUCUGCUGUCUUUUUACUGUCUCACUCUGCCUAACCUGGUUUACAGCUUUGGACAAGGUAAAUUGGGAAUCCAACUAACUUUUCAGAAAGUGAUAUAUUUCUUAUUCCGACUACAAUCCGAUCUCGGAUCAGCUCUUCCUUGAGCGCGCCAAACUGACAAUGUUCUGCUAGUUUGUGAAAGGCUGUGAUAAAACUGUCGGUGGUUUCACCCUGCUCCUGUUAGCGCAUAUUAAACCUAGAUCUCUCAAAAAUAAUGUUGUGUCUCCCUACAAAAUGCGUUUCAAAACAGUCUUUAACGGCACUGUUGUUAAGUUUCUCUUCCUCGGUCAACGUUGAAGCAUUUAACAUAUCCUCGGCUUCAUCACCCAUAGAGUAGAUCUGUGUAUUAACUCGAAAUGCCUCAUUUUUCACGUUUAAGCCUGAUGCUACCCUGUACCUUUCAAAGCGCCUGAUCCAUUUCGGCCCGUUUUUAAUGUCCAUACAAACAAAAUUAUCCGGGGGACGAAUGCGAAAUCCGUCAGCACUAGCCACAGGGCCUGUCCGUGUUUGCGCCAGAGCCCGUUGAACUUGGAGUCGCAAACCCUGAAAUCCGGCCAGCUUCUUCCUCUUGCAACAUGUUGCUUAGCAGUAAUUUACUCCUUGCUCGUUAGCUAGCAAAAUAAUGAUACGCGCUGUUUUUAUCUCCAACACUGUGCCCUCCCUGAUUUGAAACAGCCUGAAUGUAUGAUUUACUUGGUACGUCCUUCACGUUUAUGUGUAUUUUAAAACCACUUUGACACCAUGUAGUAUGAUCUAAAAUGAGGACGCGCGACAACCAGGUUCUAGCUCCGGCAUGUUUAUUAACCUAACCCUCGCACGUCCUACAUAGGUGAGGAUACCCCCAAGGGACAUCCUACUACAGAGAAAGUAAGAACUUUGGACCUAGGUACUCCUUGCGAAACACACAUGACUCAGAGAGGAAGGAGUUGAAUGUUAUAGUAGCUAAACAAGACUAGUUUCCAGGCUACUUUGGACCAUAUUUGUCUCGAUUCAUAUUCUAAAACAAUUACUGCUUUGAGACUAAUCCAAAAAUCAAACUUGACAAGAAGUGAAAAUAAAAGCGUGACUAAACCAGAAUUACGUGGUAAGGCUACAUCAAAACACUCGGAAGAAGAAGGUUGGUCAAAAUUAGCUUUGGAACAUUGCGCCACGACAACCACAACAACAUUGCCUCUGUUCGUGAGAGUACGCAGCCGAACGGCGCCCUGGACUAGAGCUAGGUCUGAUUCAUCUGCUGUGAUAUUCCAUUUGUUUUACCCAUCUGGUUGUGGUGGAGUUUUUCUUUUAAACCUUUCACAAAUAUUGAGGAAGGUGUUUUUUUCUUGGAUCAGUCUAGCAAUUAGCAUAAUUAAUGUACCAUUUCCCCUCCUUUUCAUUGCCUCCCUGUUUGGCACUCAUUAAAUGGAUUAGGAGGAAGGCCCUGCAAUAGACUAGCAUCCUGUCCUGGGUGUACUUGUACAUCAAGCUGCCUCACACUACAGAAAUAGGCUCCUGCCCUAUGGGCCUUUCUGGCUCAGACAAGGCUACUUAUUACUUUACCUCCUUUUAUUGUAUUUUUUUUUUUUUUAGGAAGAUGGCUUGUUUUGGCAUUGGUAAUAAGACCAAAGGCAAAUGUGGAGAAGAAGAGGAGAAGGCACGGAGAGAAGCAAACAAAAGGAUUGAGAAACAGCUUAAAAAAGAUAAACAGCAAUACCAUAAAUCUCACAGGCUCCUACUACUAGGAGAUUGUGACUCAGGGAAAAGCACAAUAUUCAAUCAGAUGCGAUUGUUGGACACAGAAUUAACUGCGGAGGAGAAAUUAAUGCAAUACAUGCAACACAAAAAAGCUUCAGGCAUUUUUGAGACAUAUUUCAGAGUAGGAGAAUACGUUUUUUAUUUGUUCAAUGGCAGAGGUGGAUGGAGAUCCAUAAGGAGAGUGUUUUGUGACCAGUCGGCCUAUAUUUUAGUGGUGGACAGCAGCAGCUAUGAUAUGGUGUGUCAGGGAGACAAUCAGACCAACCAACUGCAGGAGGCACUAAACAACUUAGAGAACCUCUGGCGCAGAAUGCGGACAAUGGACCGUCCUGUCCUCCUCUUUUUGAACAAACAGGACCUGCUAGCAGAGAAGGUGUUGGCGGGGAAAUCUAAAAUAGAGGAUUAUUUUCCAGAGUUUGCACACUACACUUCGCAUGAACAUACAACACCAGUACAAGGGGAGGAUCCAAGUGUCACCAGGGCAAAGUACUUCAUACGUGACACGUUUUUGAAGAUCACAGCAAGUGGAGAUGUGGAUAUGCACAAAUGUUUUCCUUUUUUCACCUGUGCAAUCGACUUGGAAAACAUCCAGCGUACCUUCAGAGACUGUGGAGAUAAGUUAGACUUUUGCUCGUCAUGAAAUCAACAAAGAAAGGAAGGUCCUCAGCUGGCAGGCUGUAUGAAGAGAUGCCCGGGAGAAGACCUCAGACUGGACGCCCCUCUGCAUCUCCUCAGUCAGCUCCUGAGAGCUUCCCAGGCCCAUGUUGGCAGACAUCUUCGACUGAAACCUCAAAUUGAACAUAGAGCAAACUUUUUAGUCUAGCGCUAUUGAAAGAGUUUCCCCAUUAGAGACAAUGGAAAAUACUAAAACCCUUCACAAAAUUUAAAAGACCCUUAGAUGAGUUCAGUGUUAUUUUUCUCCUUCAAUGAAACCUGUCCAGUCAUUGUUCUUCAUUAGAGUUGAGGUUAUAUCCCUAGUUUAGCUCAGGACCACGAUAUCAGGAUGGAGGAUCAAGGUGAUUGCCACACAAAAUACAUUGUCCAGACGACAUCAACAGCAGCCAGCUGUGAAUGAGGUAGUUUUACAUAAAGAACAUGGCACACAGCAGCCUACUCUACUUCUGCCUGAACAGAACCGAGGAAGCUGCAAUGCUCUUGUCCUGACCCUCUAUUUUGCUUUUAAUAUCUGUGUAAAUGUGUUUUAUCUGGUCAUCAUUCUGCAAAUAGUGGCUUGUCAAACCUUUAUCUUAAAGUGCACACAGAGUAGGAAACAGCAUACAAAGUUGUUCAAGUUGGGCAACUACUGUACAAAUGGUCUGUGACUGUCAUGUAUCCCUUUAUUGGCUUGGUGUUAACAAAAAUAACAGUCUCUACAAACAUGGAGAGGUAAAGGCUUUUAAAUGGUAAUGAAUCUGAAUUGCAAAACAAACCUAUAUGCUAUAUGUUCUAAAUAUCCAAUUCUACUUGAGAAAUUAGACAGUUACAAUGAAUUUAUUGACCCUAGAAAUGGGUAAAAACUCAACCAGUACACAGUACAAACUUUAUCCUCAUGUGGUUAGGGUGAUGCAUAACAGUGUCAUUGCUUUAUCGCUCAACUCUUUCAACAUGCUACAACAGCCUGAGUUCGUCACUUUCUGUUCUCUUGCCAAUCCAAUUCCAUAAAGGAGUUGGCAAGAGAGCAGAAACAGACUGGCACCCAGGCUAGCUACGGUAUUCUCAAAAUAACUAUGCUAUCUGGCAAUAUUUAUGAAUAGUUAUCGCAGUACAAAUUAUAAUAAACAAGAAAUCCAUAUUCCGUUAGCAGGUGUACAACAUUUUGGCAACUAGAAAGGCUUCAAUAACAUGCAAUGACACUUUAAAAGGGAAUGAUGUGCUUUGAACUGUACAUUAUAGGUGCAAAUGCAUUCAAAUAAACACCAUUACUGGGAGUGUCUAGGAUAUUGUGAGAUGUGCUGAAAGAAUAAAGAAGUUGCAGCUGAAAUAGUCUGGUUUUCUUUGUAAACCAUAGCAGCUGUCUUGGGGAAUUCAUUUAACUUGGGCAAAACUGCACAGCAUGUUUUUCAUCCUCCGACAGUGACUGUUAAAAAGCCAAACAUAUUCUUUAAAAUAACAUUAGACUUUGCAAAAGCCCUACAUUACAUCUUAAUGUAAAAAAAAGGGUUUAUCAGAUAUUGAUAUGGCUCACUUUAAUAUUUAAAUUCCACAGAAAGUUGGCUAGUAUAAAAACAAUGAGUACAAACGUCUCCAGUAUCCAGCUGGUAGGCAAAUUAUGGUGGUAUAUUGCUCUGAAAUAAUUCCUCUCCAAAUAGGACAGUUAAUAUGGACUUGUACUGUCAAUAGUAGUUGGCUAAGGCCCAGUUGUCUGACAUUUUAGAAAAACAUUUGAGCACACUCAAGAAGUUUCGUACACACACACACACACAAGAGAGAGAAGAAUGAAUAUUGAGAGAAUUGACAUUGACUAAGGAAAAUAAAAUAAGUAAAAUAAAUUAAUUGAUGAUUAAAGGUUAAAUGUUACAUUUUGAAAGCAUGGAGAAAUGUAUAGUGGCAGAGGUGAUUAAAGGGUGAUUAGAACCAUUUAGUAAGAGGGUUAACAAUGUGUGAUUUAAGUAAUCCAGUAAAAUAGUUAAUGUGAUGUUUGCUUUAAGGUAUGAUGCAUAUAGACUAUGUUUGUUUAGUUUAGAGGAACAAGGCCUUAGGGCCUGUUGGAGAUUGUUAAUGGAAGGCUAUAAUGUUGAAAUGUAAUGAUUAAAUGUUUACAUUUUUGGAUAUUUAAGAGGUAAUGGGAGUAAUUAGUUAAGUUGGAGGGGGAUUAAUAUGGUGCCAAGUGGGGAAUGGUAAUGUGAAAAAAAAAGAAGUUUAAGGAUGUUAGCUUGAUCUGGAACUCUCCAGGUUAGAACGUUUAGGGGUGAAGCGGAUUGACAUGCAAUUUAGGUGAGAAAAAGAAAAAAGAAAAAAGAGAAAAAAAA